AUGAUUCUGGUCACAACUCGGCUUAAAAACAUAGCAGAACAAGUCAAAACAAUUGACCGUCCAAAAGAACUUUACGGUUUAGAACAUGAAGAGUUUAAGAAGUUAUUCCUUGCAUUUGUCUUUGAUGAUGGGAAAUAUCCUAGGAAUAAACCUUUUUUGCUUGAGAUUGGAGAUCAGAUAAUGGACAAACUAAAGGGUUCCCCUCUUGCAGCAAAAACUGUUGGUAGAUUACUGAGUAAAGAACUUAGUUUGCAACAUUGGAAAGGGGUCCUAAAAUGUAAAGAAUGGGAGAAGCAGACCGAUAACAAUGAGGUUAUGCCUGCCCUGAAGCUUAGCUACGACUUUCUCCCUUUUCAUCUACAACAAUGUUUUUCCUAUUCUGCAUUGUUUCCUGAAGAUUACCAUUUCAGAAGCCAUGAGCUCAUCAGCCUGUGGACUGGACUAGAUAUUUUGAUACCUUGUGGUCAACAUCAAACAUUUGAAGACGUGGGUCUGAGUAAUUUAAAUGAGUUGAUCAUCCAUGGAUUUUUCAGAGAAGAGCAAACUGAUGGUGAUCGGCGGUAUGUUAUGCAUGACCUACUGCAUGAUUUGGCACUGAAAGUUGCUUCUCAUGAUUGCCUUAGUUUACGUCUCCCUAAUAUUGGAUCCGUAGAAAUUCAGCCAUCGACCCGUCACUUGUCUAUAAUCACAGAGGACAUAGGUGAAUCUGAUGCAACGUCUGGUGAAAAAUUAAAGAGUGCAUUGGAGGAAAUGAAGACAAUAUUGGAGGUUGAACAUUUGCAAACAUUGAUGCUAUUUGGAAAAAUGGAUGAAAGUUUUAGCAAGAUAUUUGGUGAUUGUUUUGGGGAAGCUUAUGCUCUCCGUGUUCUUUAUUUGCCCAACAUGAUGCAUCCCGUGGAGUCCGUGUUACAUAACUUUUCAGGACUUUUCCAUCUACGAUACCUAUGUCUAGGGACAAAGGAUGAUCAGAUGCAUUUACCACUUAGCAUCUCUAAAUUUUAUCAUUUAGUGAUUCUAGAUCUUGAGUUGUGGGUUGGCAGUCGUGUUUUGCCCGAAGACAUGAGCAACCUUUCCAAAUUGUGCCAUUUUUAUGUUCCAAGUGAUGAUCAGCUUCAUUCGGGUAUUUAUAAUGUGGGAAAACUUAAACUCUUGGAAGAGUUAAAGAUGUUUCAAGUCAAUAAAAAAAGUGAAGGGUUUGAACCAAAGCAACUAGAGCAUUUGACCAAGCUAAGGGAGCUUGGCAUCUACAACCUUGAGAAAAUACAUACAAAAGAAGAAGCAGCUCAAGCAAAAUUGAUAGAGAGAAAACACUUGAGGAGGUUAAAAUUGGACUGGGAUUGUGAGCGAUCUAGUGUUGAGCCUGGUGUGGAAGCAGAAGUUCUUGAGAACCUUCAACCACAUGGAGAUCUUCAAGUGUUGUGCAUUAGAGGGCACGGAGACCUUUCUUGUCCAACAUGGAUGGGUGAUGAGUUUGCUGUUGAAGCUCUAAGAUCUCUUUAUCUUGAUUGUGUUUCUUGGGAAGUUUUCCCUUCUUUAGGGAAGGCGUGGGAUCUUUGUGAACUGAAAUUGAAGCAUAUUGCUAGACUGAAGGAGAUUAUUAUAGAGGAAACCUUUUGCAUGCUAAUAAAACUUGAACUCAUUGGCCUAGGAAGUUUUGAAAAAUGGGGUUUCCUAGAUGUACAAGAGUCUUCCAUGGAUGCUGAUAUUUUCCCUUGUUUGCAAGUGCUGAUUAUUAUAGAUUGCCCAAAACUCUUGGGAUUGCCUUUCUCAAGCCACAUUGUUUCCCAAGGUUGGUUUCACAAACUACAAAAGUUUAGGAUAGAGUACUGUCCACAAUUCUCAUCAGUGAUUCCCAUCUCCUGGAUUGGUAGUCUCUGUAGUUUCUCUAUGCAACAUGUCAAGCUACUAGAGCAUUUUUAUAACGGCUCAAUAUCAUCUGAACUGCACAUUACUGGAGAGGAUGGUCUGCAUAGCUUGGACCAAGUGUUAGAUUUUGAUGAAGAAACAAGUCUUGAAAAGUUGUGA